CAAGUCAUUAACAACACUUGCGACUUCAGCUCCACGAUAUCCACACGUUACGUAAUGUGUAUAGACUUUACUAGCAAAGAUAGUGGUCUGCGUUAGUAAUCUUGUGACUAGACCUUUGUGAGUUAAACGUAACUGCAGCAUAAUUCUUAUUAACAAAACGAAGAAUUAGUUACUGCGGAAACAUUGCGUUUAGACUAAUCACAUUUCCUAUCUUUGUGUGGACCCAACAGGCAUCAGACACCAAGUUUGAUAUGGCUUCACUUACAGGUAAUAUGGACCCAAAGGGAAAGGUAGCUCUUGUAACUGGAGCAGCGAGGGGUAUAGGACUUGCGAUUGCCAAGGAACUUCUUCGAGAGGGAGUGAAGGGCAUUGCAAUCUGUGAUAUCCUGGUGGAGAAAAUUGAAAAUGAAAUACAAGAGCUGGAAAAGGAAUUUGGGAAAGAUCGAGCAAUAUUUAUCAAGACUGAUGUUUCCAAAGAGGAAGAAGUUGAAGAGGCUUUCAAGGAAACUAUCAAGAUGUUUGGUAAUCUAGACAUUGUCGUCAACAACGCAGGAUUAUGUAAUGAGAAAAAAUGGAAAUAUGUAGUGUCUGUCAAUCUUAAUGGGGUUAUCCAAGGUACUCUAACAGCCUUAAAGUACAUGGAUAAAUCUGCAGGAGGAAAAGGGGGCACAGUGGUCAAUAUGGGCUCAAUAGCUGGUCUAGGACAAGGAUUGAAUAUCACACCAGUGUACAAUGCCACGAAGCAUGCUGUUAUUGGAUUGAGUCGUACUUUGGGGUCAGAUUAUUUCUAUCAAGCUACUGGAGUGAGAGUAAUGGUCAUAUGUCCAGCUUAUACAGAAACAGACAUCAUUCCAGACAGUCAACAGAAGCCAGAUGUAAUAACUUACAAAGAUGAAUGGAUGGAUGAGUUUUAUAAUGAAAUGGAAAAUCAUAAACCACCACAGAAAACAGAGAAUGUUGGCAAAGGUGUGCUGCACAUGAUUCGCGAAGGGACGCCUGGUUCAGUAUGGGUAAGCGCCGGCAACAAACCAGUAUAUCAGAUUGAAAUCCCUCAUUAUGAGAAGCUGAGGGUGUAGUCUGCAGCAUACAUAUACUGAUAAUCACUGACUUUAAGUACAUUGAAAUUGAAUAGCCAAAUGAUUGAUUAUAUGUAUAAAGUGGAAAAUAUCCAAUUAAAGAAACAUUUUCAACAGUUUA